AUGGGUACACAACUAGGAGAACCACCAGAUACAUCCAGAAUCGGUACCAGAGGCGCAAGUAAAACCGCCCAAUACGAAGAGGCCAGAGCAAUUGGAAAAAAAUUAAAAUCCCACUGGGAAGCCUCCCAAGCCAAGGAAAUGAUGACUAUUUUCAACCUAUCUGACAAAGUGUUAACUACUGACCAUUAUUCUUUACUUAACAAAGGACAUUCGUUUGUUCCUGUUUCCAAAGCAGACCCCUUCCAGUUGGAAAUUGAAAUGUACAAAACUCAGAGAGUAUUAUAUUGGAACGAAAUUAGGAAGGAUAAUGCACCAAAACUGACACAGCCAAUUUUUAAGAAACAUAAGAAGGAUAUACGCACCUCUAACUCUUCUAUUAAGACCUUCAUCCAGACGGUGAAGGUGGACACAGAUAUGAUGAUGACGAAGCCCCCAAAGUACCAUCAAAAUUUAACCCUGGGUGAGAGGAAGGCUCUACAAGACCUCAGCCAAGACUCCAGCAUUGUCAUACACCCUGUAGAUAAGGGUGGAACCACAGUGAUACAAUCGUACCAAGACUACCGCAGAGAAAUACUACGUCAACUUGAUGAUCAUACUACAUAUACCAGACUCACAUUUGAUCCUGUGAAAAAGUUCCAAACGAGAAUUAAGAAUCAGAUUGACCUGGGCAUUCUCAAUGGGUUUCUGGAUGAGAAAAUGGCACACCCUAAACAUCCGGUGCUCUACACCUUGCCCAAAUAA